CCCCUCAAAAUUCUACCUCUCAUACCCCCAAAAAUCAAGGAUCUGUUUUUCUCUAUUCUACUCCUCCCAUGUCUCUCUUUCAUUCUCUUGGCCCCUUUGCUCCUCCCUCAUCUCUCACAUUUCUCAUUUCACAUUUCUAGCUCCUCCCUCCUUGGUAGUCAACGACAUGGCAAAUGCGGCAUCUGGAAUGGCUGUGGAUGAUGAGUGUAAGCUGAAGUUUUUGGAGCUAAAAGCGAAGAGGAACUACCGAUUCAUAGUGUUCAAGAUCGAGAACCAACAGGUGAUCAUUGAAAAGCUUGGUACUCCUGAACAGAGCUAUGAUGAUUUCACUGCCGUCCUCCCUGCUGAUGAGUGUCGCUAUGCUGUCUUUGAUUUUGACUUCAUAACUAAUGAGAAUAUCCAGAAGAGCAAAAUAUUCUUCAUUGCCUGGUCUCCUGAUACAUCAAGGGUGAGGAACAAGAUGGUGUAUGCUAGUUCCAAGGACAGAUUCAAGAGAGAACUCGACGGCAUUCAAGUUGAACUGCAAGCAACAGAUCCUAGUGAGAUGAGCCUCGACAUCAUAAAAUCGCGAGCCCUCUAAGCUUGCUUUUCUUGUUUUUUCCAAUCCAAAUCUUGCACUUUCAUUUCGGGGAGGCCUUUUUCAAUCCCUUUCUUCUGUAACUUGGUUCAUUUCAAAACUGAACUAAGUGGCAAUGCGAUACCAUAAUGCAUUUUUUUGUCAGCUCAGGUCUUCUUGAGUGGUUUCACUACACAAUUAACCUUCUCUUCUUAUAAGUUAGUUCUAGUCAAAACCAAGUGGAUUUUUAUGUCUUUUUGCAAGUUAUUUUGCAAUCUUCAGGGCUUUUUGAGCCUCAUUCCAAAUGGGUAGUUCAUAGAUAUAGAUUUCACUGAUUUAUUUUGCACAUCUACAAGUUACCAAGUGUAAUGUUCAUAUAUAUAAUGCUUUUUUCUUUUUUGUAAUAUACUAAUUUCUAAGUUUCUUCAAUUUCAAUAGACAUAUGGGCAGAUAAAUGGAUCUUUCCCUUCAUUUUGGGAAAACUAAUAUGAUUUGUGUUUUAUAAAAUAUAAAAACAGACAACAAAAACCAAUAUAAGUGAAUUCUUUUCUUUGUCCAUAUGAAUUGAUUUGAAUGAUUUAAUGCUAUUAUGAUUAAUGUAGAAAAAGAAGAAGAAGAGAGACAAUGUUCUAAAAUAGAAUCCAUGAAAACACAUGGAAGAGAAUAGAUGCAACACUGGCCUUUAUUUUAUUUUUUGUAACAAGGUCUUCUUUUACUAUCAAGUAAUUUCAUGAAUAAACUGAUCAACUGUUUACAAAGAAAUGGGGAUUUUCCAUGCAUGAAACUCUCUUUUCUUUUAGCAUGAAAAAAAAAAACCACCAAAAAAACAAAAACUAAAAAAGGAAAAGAG